AGUGCAUUUCGGGGGUGGACGUGGCUAUUUUAUACGACGACUCGCUGAGCAUCCGGCCCGACGACUUCACGCUCAUGAAGCAAUUCAUCGGGAAGCUGCUGCGCGCCCUGGCAGGGCCCCGCGUCCAGAUCGCCGUGGUCCAGUUCUCCUCCCACAUCAACCACGUUUUCACCUUUGCCGACUACGUCACGAAGGGCCUGGAGGCCGUGGAGCAGGACCUGAUGGCCUUCCCCCAUCUGAAGGGGAACACUCACACCCCCUCAGCCAUCCUCUUCACGGUAAAACAAACCUUCGCCCCCGAGCACGGCGCCCGGUCCCACGCUAAGAAGCUGCUGAUCGUCCUGACCGACGGGCAGUCCACCGACACCAGAAACUUCUUCCCCCAGGCCAUCCAGGCGGCCAACAACAUGGGGCUGGUCCGCUACGCCAUCGGGGUGGGCAAGGCGUUCUCCACGUCCGAGGCGCGCCAGGAGCUGCUCACCAUCGCCUCGCGGGCUGAGAACGUCUUCCAGGUUGGGAGCUUCUCCGCCCUCAGCACCAUCCAGGAGCAGCUUCGCGAGAAGAUCUUCGCUAUUGAAGGGACGGCCCAGGUUUCCAACGCCAGCUCGUUUCAGCUGGAGCUGUCGCAAGGUGGAUUCAGCGCCCUGCUCACCCCGGAGGCCGUUGUGGUGGGGGCAGUGGGGGCCUAUGACUGGGCGGGGGGGCUGGAGGAGUGGUCGGGAGACCCCCCCCUCGCGGCCUUCAUCAAUGAGUCCUCCCUGGGGCAGGAGGCCAAGGACUCGUACCUGGGCUAUGCCAUGGCCCUGGCCCGCCAGGGGGGCCGUUUCCUGUACGUGGCCGGAGCCCCGCGGUUUGGGCACGUCGGGCGCGUCGCAGUCUUCCAGCGCCACGGGGGGCGGGUCGGAGACAGUGUCCAGGGGGAGCAGGUGGGCGCCUCCUUCGGGGCCGAGCUCUGCACCCUGGACCUGGACGGCGACGGCGACACAGACCUGGUUCUGAUCGGGGCCCCCGGCCACCAGAACCGCAGCCGGGGCGGCCUGGUCCGGGUCUGUGCCCUGCGGGAUGGGGGCUCCCUGAGCUGUGCCCAGACACUGUGGGGGUCCCCGGGGGACGGGCUGGGUCGGUUCGGGGCGGCACUGGGGCCCCUGGGGGACGUGAACGGGGACGGCGCGGGAGAUGUGGCCAUCGGGGCCCCCAUGGAGGAUGAGGGCAGGGGGGCCCUUUACAUCUUCCUGGCGGAGCCGGGGAGACUGGCCCUGAGAGACCCCCACAGCCAGCGUAUCUCCGCCUGGUCUCUUUCUCCCGCCCUCCGGUUUUUUGGUCAGUCCGUCCAGGGGCGGCUGGAUCUCAGCGGGGAUGGACUCACGGACGUGGCCGUUGGGGCCCUGGGCCGGGCCGUGCUGCUCAGGUCCCGUCCGGUGAUCAGCGUCUCCUGCUCCAUGGUGCCGAAUCCAACCCUGAUCCCCCUGGACAAUGUCGGCUGCACAGGGGGGGCGGGCGGGGGGACCGGGCAGUUUGCCCUGACCCUGUGCUUCAACCUCAGCCAGAUCAGCCUGGGGGGGCCAG